AUGAAACUGUGUUUUGUCACAGUAGGAGCUACGGCGUCGUUCGAGAAGCUGGUUCAGGCAGUUCUCCAGGAAUCGUUCUUGGCGGAGCUGGAGAAGUACAACUUCACCCACCUCUUGGUUCAGUAUGGCAAAGGCGGCCAGCACAUCUUUGAAAAAUAUGCUACCGAGAGAGUCAAGAGCAGCGAUCGGGCGCACGGCUUAGAUAUUGGUGGCUUCGACCUCCGGCCCAGUCUAACUGAAUAUCUGCGCAUGGUGCAGGAGGACUCUUCUAAGCAUCAGGAGCUGGGAAUGGUGAUCAGCCAUGCUGGUAAGGCACCUGUUCAGUUCUGGAUAACAAAGUCCAUGGAGAGUAACCGUUUUUCAGGUACUGGUUCUAUCCUGGCCGCUCUUCGCGCAAGCGUACCAUUGGUGGUAGUUCCCAAUCCCGAUCUCGCCGACAAUCACCAGCAGGAGCUCGCAGAUGAACUCGCAUGCCAGGGGUAUGCGGUAAUUGGCAACGUUGCAGAUCUGCCCAGCACUGUUGGCAAAGCAGCGAACCGGCGUGAGCGUGCACCCUUCUUUUUGAAUGCCAGCAAAAACAGCUUGGACGUGCCCCUGUCGGAUGAGCUUUCGUUCGUGGACUGA